CAAAAAGAGUACCUUUUUAAUUUUUUCUUCCUAUUUUAAACCAGUCGAAUAUUCUCGCUGCUUUCUUUACCAUUUGGGGUAGUUGCAUAGUACAAUAUUGUCAAAUAUUGUCUAAUAAUGAGGAGAUAAAUUUGCUUUUAAAUAGCAAGAUGAGCCAACUCCUUACUGUAAGGGUAAUCCUUUUGGUGAAUGCUGUGUUAUGCUGUCCUGUCACAGGAAAUGACGUUUUGGAUAUCACUGAGGUGAGACUUGUAAAUGGAAAUGGUAUACAUGAUGGACGAGUUGAAAUCAAUAUAAAUGGGGUAUGGGGAACAAUUUGUGACGAUUCCUUUGGUAUCUCUGCGGCACAAGUUGUAUGCAGAAUGCUAAAUUUAACAGCAUCAGCAAUCGCUACCAAAGCUACAUUUGGCGAAGGAAAUGGGCCAAUAUUUGCACAGAAGGUCACAUGCAGUGGUUCUGAACCACAUCUCCGGCAAUGUACAUAUGUAACCAGCGGAACAUGUUCGCAUGGACAAGAUGUUGGAGUUUUUUGUACAGAAUGUGGACAUGUUAACAUAACAUACGGGGAAGGAUACUCCUUGUCUCCAAAUGGAAGUGUAUUGACAGUCUCUUGCUACAAAGGAUUUCGAUCUAAUGUGAACACGACAGUUUGUGACAAUAACAUAUGGUCAUUGAGAUCAAUAGAAUGUGUACCAGAUUCCAUUGUUUACGUGCGGUUACAAGAUGGUGUUGGUCUAUACGACGGAAGAAUUGAAGUGCUCAUAAACGGGACUUGGGGUGCUGUUUGCAGAAACACACUGACAUAUAAAGAUGUACAGACGAUAUGCACAAUACUUUUUGGAACCAGGAAUUACCAAACGUACUAUCCUAUGGCGACUGCUGGAGCUGUCCCGGUACUGAUUAAACAACUAGGUUGUACAGGAUACGAGAAUAAUAUUAACGAAUGUGAAUUCAGUACGGAUGCAGCAUGUUCAAAUGAACUGUCCGCAGCUGGAGUUGUUUGUCGAGUUCAUCCAUUGAACAUCACGGACAUAAGACUCGCGGACGGUAAUGGACCUUUUGAUGGUCGGGUUGAACUCUACGUCGAUGGUAAUUGGGGCACCAUAUGUAGGCGCUACAUCGGUUUAUAUGAUGCAAUGACACUUUGCAACAUGCUAAAUUUGAGUUUGGCCGCUUACUUCAAGAACAAUGUUUAUGGUGAAGGUUCUGGACCAGUGCUAAUCCAGAAUUUACGUUGUGACAAUGAAGAAAAUCAAAUUGCUAGUUGCAAUUAUUACGACUAUCCAAGCGAAAUAUCACCAUGUAACCAUAACUAUGACCUGUCGUUAGUGUGUACACCGUGUGGCUCUCCAAAUGUCAUAAAUGGCGAAGCAACAUCUUUCAAUGGCUCUGUAUUAACCGUGACUUGUCAGACUGGUUCUAUACCAUACAACGUGUACAUGACCUGCCUGGAAAAUGGAACGUGGGCGUGGGAGGAGGAAUGUACUCCGGUCUAUGUAUACCCUUUAAAUAUUACCGAUAUUCGCUUGGCGGGAAAUAACUGGCCUUCAGAGGGCCGUGUUGAGAUCCUAGUAAAUGGAACAUGGGGUACCAUUUGUGGACGAAAUGUUAAUGAAAUUGACGUAGACGUGAUUUGUCGUAUGUUUGGACUCACGUAUCAGUCUCAUUACACGAAAGCAAAGGAAGAAAAUUUGUUUGGUAUUGGCACUGGCCCAAUUUACAUUGACGACAUCAAAUGCAAUGGGACGGAAAAUCAUAUCAAUUGGUGUAAUUACGAUUUGUCGAAUUCAUGCACACAUUUUGAUGAUCUUGCCGUAAUCUGCACAGGUUACCAGCUGAAUAUCACAGGUAUUAGAUUAGCUGGAACGAACGGUCCAUACCACGGUCGUGUCGAAAUACAAGUCAACAGUACAUGGGGGACAAUCAGUGACUUUGGGUUUUAUCAACUAGAAGCACACGCUGUUUGUUCCAUGCUUGGCUUAAAAUAUAAAGAAUAUAUACAUAAUUCUCAUUACGGGAAGGGUCAAGGACCGAACUACAUUAACAAUCUUGACUGCAAGGGAUACUACAGCCAUAUCAACGAUUGCAAAUAUGUUGUUGACGAUAUAUACAAUCAAGAUCAUUCAGAUGAUGCAUCGGUAAUAUGUUAUGGACCAGAACUAAACAUAACAGGGUACAGACUGACUGAUGGUACAGGUGUUUUUGAUGGUCGUGCUGAAAUCAAGGUCAAUGAUACGUGGGGAACUAUUUGCGACAACAAUUUCAAUAUCCUUGCUGCAGAUUUAUUUUGCAAACAGUUUGGACUAAGAGCUGUGCAGUAUUUCACUGGUGCUGAAUAUGGAGAAGGCAGUGGACCAAUAUACAUUGAUCAGAUAUUUUGUCAGCUCUACAAUCAAGACUUCAGCAACUGCAAAUAUUUGUACUUGAAUUCCUGUACUCAUGAAAUGGACAUUUCUCUUGUUUGUAACGAAUGUGGCGAACCUGCGAUAUCAUUUUGGGGAGCUGGCUAUUUUAGAUUUAGUGGAUCUACUCUCUAUUCAGAUUGCUCCUUCUACAGGAACUAUAUUGGAACGCUCAAUAUGACAUGCGAUACUGACACAAAAACCUGGGUGACACGUGGAGAAUGCCAGGAAUACAAUUAUCCGCUGGAAGUUACCGACAUUCGUCUCGUAAAUGGAAGCAGGCCUAGUAAUGGAAGGGUUGAGCUUAAAUCACUUGGCACCUGGGGGACAAUCUGUGACCAUUCCUUUGGCAUAUUGGAAGCGAACACUAUUUGUAACAUGGUUGGAUAUCCACAUGCAGUGACAUUCUUUCCUGGUUCUCAUAACGGUGAUGGUUCAGGGCCUAUAUUUGUGGAUGAUCUGGUUUGUGGCGAUAAUUCUACUCACAUAAACAACUGCACUUACAAAACGUAUGAUGAUUGUGACCAUUCACAUGAUGUAUUCGUGGAAUGCACUGACUGUGGUGACCCAGCACCUGGGAAUGGUUUUGUAAAUUCUACACGGACAAGUUAUGGCACAGCUAUCCACAUCACCUGUAAACAAAACUAUGAACUUGUCGGGGAAGCAGACAUAAUAUGUCAGUUGAAUGGGUCUUGGAAUAGUCUCCCUGAAUGCAAUCUGAUAGACUGUGGAGACCCAACUCCCGAACAUGGCUCCAGCAACGACACCGUCACUAUUAAGGGCACAGUUGUCAGGAUCUGGUGUGAUGAGGGAUAUAAUAUAUCCGGUGAUGUUGUCAUCAUCUGUCGGCCGGACAGACUUUGGACAGGCUAUCCAACGUGUGAGAUUAUAGACUGUGGGACACCAAAACCAGAUAAUGCUUCAGUUAGUUUGCCAGAAGGAAAAACAACUUACGGAAAUUCUGCAAUCAUCAGUUGUUUGGAAGGAUACAAUCCCCUUGGUAGUACUCCGGUAUCGUGUCUCGCAAACGGCUCUUGGGAAGUAUGGCCAAAAUGUAAAGCUGAAGACUGCGGAGAUCCGUCUCCUAAUAAGGGUUCAGCUAACACAACGGAAACAACAUACGGAACUGUCGUUGAGAUCACAUGCAGCAGUGGUUUCAAUUUAUCAGGAAACUCUACAAUCGUAUGUCAGUCUGAUGGGACAUGGAGCGAUAACCCUGUCUGUGACACAUCAGAUUGUGGACCGUUGUCAGUUGCAAAUGGGGACGUAGACCAAUCUGACGGGACAUCAUUGCAGUCAAUUGUCACAAUUACGUGUAAUGAGGGAUUUGAUAUACAAGGUCCGUCAGCUGUUGUAUGUACACGUUCUGGAUGGAAUGAUUCCACAACAUGUGUAUUGCAAGUUUGUGAGAACCCUUCACCUACGAACGGAAGAAUAAGUGAUACUGAUGGUAAGGAUGGAUACGUGUUUGGCAAUUAUGCGAAUAUAGACUGUAACACAGGAUAUAGCAUACAGGGAGAAAACGUCAUCACAUGUCAGAAUGGAGGAGUUUGGAGUGACAGGCCAGUGUGCGAAUUAGUUGAUUGUGGAAAUCUAACUACACCGACUCAUGGGACGAAGAAAGUGUUGCAAGGAACAAAAUAUAAUGACAAAAUUACAUUUAAUUGUAAUGAAGGAUUCCUUCUGGUUGGUGAGGAAACAAUCAUCUGUGGCAAAACUGGAGAGUGGAGUAAUGAGGCUCCAAUAUGUUUGGCUAAAUCUAUAGUUGGUGGGCCUUGUGUCAGCAACGAAUAUUGUUUAAUGAAAGAUUCUCUGUGUAUUAACUCUGUAUGCACCUGUAUCACAGGAAUUUAUGAAAAUCGUACAAACACGUGUGAUAAAAUGCCACUUUUGCCGUACGGCUCUGAUGUGGGAGACUAUUUUUUAUCUGAGGAAGACAUCUGCGGACCAGGUGUAACUUUUUUACCAGGGAUGCCUGUUUCUGGCAAAAUGCGCACAAAUUUGUAUGUUUGCUCCUAUGGAUUUAUUAGCUUGGACACUCGGUACACAAACCCUUCACCUCCGCAGAACAUUGACGAUGUACUAACUGUAGGGCAACAUACAAUUAUUGCGCCUUUUUAUGGCCCAAUAAAUAGAAGAAGAUCCGGUCCUGUUUAUUAUAGAUCGUACGACAUUCUGAACUCGUAUAACAAGAUGAAAGAUGAUGCAGAAUUAGUGUCUUAUAUCGAAAACAUCGUUAUAAAAUUUGGAGACUUGGAAACGUAUGAUGCGAGCUUUAUUUUAAUUGCAACAUGGCACAAUACAAGACCUUUUGGAAUAGGUUUUGAUACCUCUAAGACAUCCACGUUUCAAGCUGUACUUGUGUCUGACGGAAAGACCACAUAUGUGUUUUAUAUUUAUGGGCAUGGUUUGAUGCAAUGGAAUAUCAAUGAUUCUCAUCAUUCCCCAAUUUGGGUUGGUUUCAAGACAGACACAGUAGACUCUUUCACCACCUACACACACCCGUAUGCAUUCUCUUCACAAGUUCUGCAACUGGAUUCACUGCCUGUAAUAUCUAAAUCUAAAAACGAUGUAACCGGACUGGUUUUCAAGCAGCUGAGCCAGAAUGGAAGAGAAAAUGAUGCAGUUGAUUGUAUACGAUGGUAUAAUGAAAAUCAUAAAGAAAAGCAACACCUGGACUAUAUAUCAAGCCUGACUCCAGAAUGUCCUUGUGAUAUCUGGUUAUCAAGAUUCGACCCAUGGUUCUGGCGUAUCGGAUUACAUAGAUGGCGCAAAGAUGUUACACACGCAUGCGUUGAUAUGCUUCACGUUGGAAACUUCGGACAAUAUGGAAAGUCCUGUUGCUAUGAUUUGAGGACUUGGCUUUGGGUAUACGAGAGACCACUUGCAGGAGGUUUUCAGUUGUACAGUCCUCAAUAUCCGCUGGAACAUAUCCAAAAUGAUGUCAUACCAAAGACAAAAUGUUGUGUAAAUUCCGAUUAUUGCAACUUAUAUUACGAAUUAAGACCAACUGGAUCUUGUUACGUAUCCUCUUCUUACGACUAUGGAGUAUUCUGGGGAGAUCCUCAUUUCAUUACUCUGGACGGAUUGAAUUUCACAUUCAAUGGCCUUGGGGAGUUCACACUUUUACAAAUACGAACAGCUAAUUACACGUUCGACCUUCAAGCAAGAACUGAAAGAGCUAUAAAGAAGGAUGGUAACUUAUCCGAUGCUACAGUGUUCAGUGUUUUUGCUGUAAAAGACUCAACAAAUGCAUCUUUACAAGUGGAACUUAACAGAGCGAAGGAUGGUAUGAUAUUGCACGGAAACAAAAUAGAUCUCACGAAACAAUUUUAUGCGAGUGUUGAGCCUUAUGACCCAAUUGUUUAUUUCCCAACGGAUCCAAGAGAGGGCAAUUUGAUAAUUUUCAAACAAGAUGAAACUAUCAGCGUGUCAUUCCCGACUAUGGGUAUUACGCUCAAUAUAUCUGUAAAUGUGGAGAUGCUAUCGUUAAACACAGGCGUUUCAAAGAGUUUAAAAGGUCAUACGACAGGACUCCUUGGAAACUAUGACGGCAACCCUGACAAUGAUUUUUCCAUGCCCAGUGGAACUGUUCUUCGUGCGGACCUCACUGAACGGGAAGUGUUCGAAUAUGGAAAGUCAUGGGAAAUAAAUCCAGACAACUCUGCAUUUAUCUAUGACGAAGGAAAAUCACAUUCAAACUAUCACAAUAAUUCUUACGUACCACGAUUUCUGGAUGAAGCUGAUCCUGUCAAAAGAGCUGAAGCGGAGAAAUCAUGCAAUGGUUCCCAUAAUAUCGAAUGUGUAUUUGAUUUCGUGUUCACAGAAAAGAAAGAAAUAGCUGACCAAACAAAUAUCAUAAGAGCACAAUCCGACUCUACCAGAUCGGAACUAGAAAUAAUGGUCCCGUCACUGACAGGAUGUAUGGUCGUUAACGCUAAGAAGGGUGAUGAUGUAAUAUGCAACCUUAACUAUGAUACUGGUGAUGAAAUACAUUUUAUUGAAAAUAGUGUGAACGCUAUGUUAGACCAAGGAUCAUCGUCUAUCAAAUAUGUUCAAACAACUGAUGAGCCUGUGAACAUACGAAUUGCUUCAAAGAACGAACAUGGCCGUUAUUCUCCAACUUUUAUUGUAAGUGUUCUCCUUUGCACAAACUGUAACGGUCAUGGUGUGUGUACUAACCAGUCAAGAGACGAUGCACGAGAAAAUAACUAUUUCAAGUAUGCCACAUGUGAAUGUGAACCACAGUAUCAAGGCAAUGACUGUGAGGAAGACUUCGACGGUUGUGCAGCAAAUCCGUGUUCGCUAAAGAGAAAUUGUACUACUCUAACAGCAGAAGAACAAAAAGCACAAAAGAGAUCUUUCAUAUGUGGUCCUUGUCCUUCGGGCUACAGGGCAGACAACGAAGGCGACUGUAUUGAUUUGGACGAAUGCAUUGAAAGCAUGAAUGUCUGUGAACAUGUAUGCGUUAACACAGAAGGCAGUUAUUUCUGUUCUUGCAAUGCUGGGUUUAGAGUUGACAGCAGAAAUAUAAGUAAUUGCAGAGAUAUAAACGAAUGUGAACAAGCUCAGCAUAAUUGUACGCAUGUAUGCAGUAAUACCGCAGGUGGGUUCUCCUGCACGUGUUAUUCUGGGUACAAACUUGACGAAGCAACGUGGUCGUGUGUUGAAGUAUCAGACGGUGGUUGCAAUGAAACAGAGAGGUUUACUUGCUCAAACACAAGUGGUUGCACUAUAGUUGAAGGAAGGUCAGAGUGUUUCUGUACUGAAGGAUACGAGUUGGACGAAUCUAAAACACUUUGUCAAGAUAUAGAUGAAUGUAGUCGAGAUGUUUGUCCUCAUGAUUGUGUCAAUUCUGCUGGCAGUUUUCAGUGUGUUUGUUUUACUGGAUAUAAACUACAGGAGCCAACAACAUGCAUAGCCUGUGAAAUUCCUUACUGGGGGAACAAUUGUACACAUAAAUGUGUUUGUACUGGUCGCGGUGCAGACAGAUGUGAUACUGUUAAGGGUUGUAAGUGUGAAGAUGGUUGGCAAGGUGAAACUUGCGAUGACGAUAUCAACGAAUGUAGCACAUUGCCUGAAGUAUGUGAUGACCCGCGGAAAACAUGUGUCAAUUACUUGGGAUCAUACAGCUGUGUUUGUAAGACUGGAUUUCACCUGACAGAACAAGGGGACUGUGAAGAUGAUGAUGAAUGUGCUGAUCCACAGCUGCAUAAUUGUAUGCAUAAAUGCAAGAAUGCCUUCGGUGGUUAUACUUGCGAGUGUUACAAUGGCUUCUCAAAGGUCAAUGCAACAAGUUGUGCAGAUGUAAAUGAGUGUGCGGUGGGAACAGAUAGAUGUGAGCAACAGUGUACAAAUUAUCAGGGUCUUUACACAUGUUCCUGUUUCUAUGGAUAUAUACUAAAUGAUGACCGCCAAACAUGUACCAAAGUUUCAGAUCCUUGUUUCACUGAAAGAAAUUUAACAUGUUCACACUUUUGCGUGUUGUCUCAAGAAGAAGCGGCAUGCGGUUGUCAAAAGGGUUAUCACUUGGAAUCUGAUAAUGAGACUUGUACAGAUAUCAACGAGUGUGAUGACAGUGCCACUAACAAAUGUGACAAUGAUGCUACAUGUAUUAAUACGGUGGGGUCCUUAACUUGCGUGUGUCCAGUUGGGAAACAACUUGAAAAUGAUGACAGGACAUGCUCAGACUGUGAUAUGUUCCAUUAUGGCAAAGAUUGUUUGCAGAACUGCAGCUGCUUAUACGGGAAAUGUGACAGAAUUGCUGGCUGUGUUAGUGACGGCGGUUGGGCUGGAAAUCAAUGUGAUAUUGAUAUUAACGAAUGUGAAACCGGACUGGUUACAUGUACAGCAGAUAAUACGGUUUGUACGAACUUACUUGGUGGCGCAAUGUGCUCAUGCAGUUCUGGCUAUACAAAUAAUUCUGGAGUUUGUCGAGAUAUAGACGAAUGUAGCGAUGUAAACUUAAAUUCAUGCGACCAACAAUGUACUAAUUCAGUCGGAAGCUAUACCUGCACUUGUAAUAAAGGAUUUGUUUUAAAAGGAGGAAAAUGUACAGACGUAGAUGAAUGUUCUGGGAAAAAUGCUUGUGAUCAGAUCUGUGAGAACGUCAUUGGAAGCUACAUAUGUUCAUGUGCAGGUGGAUUUAAACUCAAUCUAAUUGACAGAAAGUCUUGCAGACCGGAAAAUGAGUGUAACGACAAAGAAAGGACUACCUGCAAGCCAAAUACCGCAUGCUCUGUGAAGGAUGGUGAAGUAAUUUGUACUUGUCUGAAAGGUUAUCGAGCAAUUGGAAAUGCAUGUGAAGAUGUUAAUGAGUGCAGUACAGACACGAAUCCAUGUUCCCAAAAUUGCACUAAUAUAGACGGAAGCUUUCGCUGCAGUUGUUACACUGGAUAUUACCUAGCUGAUGAUCAACUGACUUGCCAAAAAUGCAAUGUUUGGAAAUAUGGUAAAGACUGCAGCGCUAAUUGUUCUUGUAACAAACUACAAGCAGAGAAAUGUGACUCUGUUACUGGUCAUUGUGAGUGUAGACCUGAAUGGACUGGUGCAAUAUGUGGUGAUGAUGUUGAUGAAUGCACAGACGAGACAGCUUGUCCGAAUAACUCCAUAUGUAUGAACUUUGCCGGAGGCUUCGAGUGUAGAUGUAGAAACGGCUACUUUACAACAGGAACUGGACACUGUGAAGAAUGUGAUAACUGGCAUUUUGGGAACAGCUGUCUUCAAGAUUGUACGUGCAGCUUCGAGAACACAGACGAUUGCUAUCACGAAACGGGUGAAUGUAUUUGCAAGCAGGGAUGGACGGGUGUAAAUUGCACAACAUAUGAUGACGAAUGUACAAAAGAUACUGAUGUUUGUCAAGAAAAGGCAAAUUCAUUCUGCCAAAGCAAUGCUGGUUCUUUUAAAUGUAUAUGUAAGGAUGGCUUUCUUGAAGAAAAUGGUCAUUGUAAAGAAUGCGAUGACAGCCAUUAUGGGACUAACUGUAGUAAGAAAUGUUUGUGCAAUAGUCUACAUACAGCGUUUUGUCACCAUGUAACUGGAAAAUGUACUUGCAAGGAGGGACGGUCAGGUGUUCACUGUACGGACGAUAUAGAUGAGUGUGUAACCAAUGGAACUGUGUGUCAGACAAAGGCUAAUUCUACAUGCAGAAAUACAGACGGCUCGUAUGAAUGUGUUUGUGAUGACGGCUUUCAAGAACAAGACAAUAUUUGUACAGAUGUUGAGCCAACGACUGCGAAGUCAAUGAACUGGUCACUGGUUAUUGGACUGUCUGGGGCGGGUUUGUUCCUCGUGAUUAUGGUGGCCUUGACAGUUGUUGGGUUGCGAAAUAUCUCUCGAAGACAGAAAAGAAAAAGGUCACGGUCAAGCCAGAAUACCCGCAGACCUUAUGGCCAGCGCUCUAAUUACAGCAACAAGCAAAUGAGGCAGGAAGAUGAAACAUCCACCAGCGAACUGAGACAUUCAAACUGGAGAGAGAAAUUUUCAAGCACACCACGUUUACGUCCAAAUGAAAACUUAACUGCCUACAUCCAACCGUACCAUAUCCCGCACGCUCGAGCAGCUGCUUACAGUGAUGCCGAUAAUAACAACCAGCGGUAGAUGCUUGAUUUUAAGGCAUAGGCUUAUUAUACAAGCUUCUUGACGUUUUAUUUUGUGACAUCUUUAAACAUUUCUCUGUCAAUAGACAAGUUCCUUUUUUAACAUUGUGCACUUAUUAAAUAGCAAAGGCGUUUCUUAGACCGGUACUAUCGACAUCGUAGCCGGAGCGCCUGUGGGUGUAACAGUGCUAGUAACGACGUAAGACGCGGCCUUUUCAUUUAAUUAGUUGUUUGGUUAUAUACUUAAAAGCAAUACAGAGUUAUGUAAAAUUUAAAACAGUUUAUCACAUUUAGCGUAAAAUUGAAAAUAUUGACGUUGAAUCUUUUAACCAUACUCGGGGUGGGCCAGAAACCUAUUUGACAUGACUUAUUCGAGUUGUAUAAUUGUCACAGUUUAUUGUUAGGUAUUUGUAUAAUACACAUAUAUAUAUAU